CAUCAAUGGUACAUGCCACAUACGGUAACUGUGGAUCAAUUAACCUCUGCAUAAGUUACGUUUAUAAUACAUAUUAACUCUUUUUACUGUUUCUUGAGUCACAGUUUUGAUUUGUUAGGUAGCCCGUGAAUUUUUUUGUGUUGGUCUUCUGCUAGACAAUCAGCGCCACAUAUUCUAAGUUAAGAAUAGAAUUUCUCUGUGUUUUAUAAAACUAAAAUAAUAUUCAGUGAUAAAAGGAUUGUGUUGUCCUUUAUUACGAUUUAUCAACGUAUUUUCUAUGGUGUAAAUCGGUUCUUGUGAAAAUUGGCUCUGCAUUUGGAAGUUCCAUUGACUUCGAAGUGUUUGACUGACUUCCGGCCAAGACAAGCCCAUGUGGACAGCAGCAGCGGUGCCUCAGAUCACUCUGUACUAAGGCUGUUCCUCGUGCUCUUGUGAAAAAAACUUGUUCUUCGAAUAAUCACGCCGCGUAUAUCGCGAAAGUCAUAACAAUAUGGCUGAUUUAGAUGAUUUCUUCGCAAAAAAAGAUCGUAAAAAAGCAAAAGGAAAAAAAUUUACAACCACAGAGGAAAUAGCGAAGAAAUUGGAAGAGACGGGUAAACGUUUGGGAAAGAAAUCAAAAGACAAACCAGUGAAUCCGGAAGGCGAGGAAACUCAACAAACCGAGGAUGAAGAUGAAUGGAGAGACUUUGAAGAAGAAAAGAAAGAUUAUACUGGCUUGAAAAUUGGAAACUUAACACUUAACGAAUCCAUAGAUGCAGAAUCCGAUGAUGAAAAAGGUACAGGAGACAAUAGCUCGGAUGGAGAAUCAGGAGAGGGUGGCCUAAAACAUUCAGGUCCUUGGAAGAAGCCUGAACUUCCUCCACAACCAGAAGUAACAGAAAUAGCUCCACCACCACCACCACCUGUUACUUCAGGAAGUAGUUAUAAACCACCACAUUUAAGAAAUAUUCAGACAGUAGCUGCUAGUCCUAGACAACGAGCGAAAAAUGUUGCACCGGAUAUACAUAGUGAAGAAUAUUUCCCAACUUUAAAUUCCAAACAGCAACAGAGCAAUGAACCCAGUGGACCAUGGGGCAGGCGGAAACGAGAUGAAGGUACGUUUGAAGAAGUUCGUAAUCGAGGAGGCAGUAGGUCAUACAGUGUGCAGGAUGCGCAAGCUCAAGCACCGAAGCUCUCUUUGGGCAACAAAUAUGGUGCCCUAUCGCAAGAUCAAAGCUGAAAUCAUCUUUGAUCACUCGAUCAAAUGACAAACACAAUCAUCAUCAUUAAAUCAUCGCCUCUCUCCGUUUCGUGGCCCAGUUGCGCUAUUAAAUAUGUUUUCUAGGAUAUAGAACAUGAUGAAGCGUGUACGGAUAGAAUCCAUCAUCGAUUCAUGUACCGUCUAGCUUUUGACAGGUCCGAUGAUAGUUAAGAAAAAAGAAAAGAAAUCCUGUUUCGUUCGAUAGGAGAUCUCAUUUACUAUCGUGAAACUGGAUGCACGAUUUCUUUCGUAAAGACGCGAUUCGUGCUUGCGAUGAAUUUCGCAAAUGAACGUGAACAUUUAUUUUUUCAUAUAAGAAAGACAUGCUCAAAACAUACAUUUUUAGCACCAGUUUUAUAUUUAAUUUUUUAAUCUAUAUAGUAAAAAAGAUGAGAGAUCUUUAUUGAUGAAGGGAAAAGUAAGGGGAAAACUAUAAGUUUGCGUGAUAGACCGGAAGUUGAGAUAGACCUUUCGUUUCUUCGCGCAAAAGAUGUUAAACUUUGCGAUUAAUCGCGUGAAGUAUUUACGCGACAGCUGUAUUUUUACACGGUGCUGCUGUUUUCGUUUAGCGUGUUUGCUUUCGCGUCAGUCGAUCGAUCGCCUUCGAAACGUCACGGGAAUAUAGAUUGAAACAUUAAAAUACUCAAAUAUGACAUCCUUUCAAUGUAAGAAGGAUUAUUAUGUAAUUAUGUGUUCAUUAUACGAAGAAAAAGGAAGUCGAUUAUAUUUAACAGACUUUUCGAAGUAAGAUCGAUCCUGGUUGGGCCGUGGCUUUUCGAAUAUAUCGUUUCGCUCAACGGCAACGUACGUCAACGAACACAAAAAUCUAGAUGAAUUAAGAUAUAUGUAUAAAUAUAUAUAUGUAAUAAUUAUUUCGAAAUAAUUGAAUUCCGGGGCUGGGCUUUGGAACGGUGCGAAAAUAUUGCUAUAAAUAUCAACACAACAGAAUUGCGUGAAAGAAAGGAAACAAAGAACGUAUACGCAAAGUAUAAUAGAUCAGAUAAAUGAAAUCAAGAAAACUUACCAAUAAAAUGGUAUAACCAACAAAAAAUACAAAAAGAAGAGACAUAUAUGCGUAAAUAUAAAAAAAAGAACAGAAGACGUAUGUACGCUUUUGUUAACGCUUGUUUAAUUAGUUUUGUUGAUUUAGGGAUUUCUUUCGCAAAAAAGAAAUGAAAACUGGGGAGAGGUUGGAUUGAGUAAGGGAUAGAGGAAGAGCAAGAAUUAUGAAAUUGUUCUUCCGUGGGACUCCUCUCCUACGAGGAGUUUGGGGUGCUAACGCUGUUAUUUUUUGAAGGUGAACAAAAAAAGAGAAGAAAAAAUAUAACUUGGAGAAAUAGGUAAAAAAUGAAAAACGAAAAACGUGAGCCAUACAUACACAAGCGAGGGAAAGAAAAAAAAAACGGAGCCUUGUAUAGUGAACUAUAAAAAGAAGAAAAAAGGAUGUGAUUAUUUAUAAUAAAUUUCCUAGGACAAACUUA